AUGUCUUUCCACUUGUCAUCCGAGAGCGAGCAUUCAGAUGGAGAGCAUGAUCAGCCUCCAGCCAGAGACACGCCAGAACCAAAUCACCGCCGCACGCACGAGGCUUCUCAAGAAUCCCAUGUAGGGCCUAUCAGGAGAGCUCGAGGAUCUGAAACUGCUCCGGUACGUCCAGGCCGUGCUGGAAGGUCUGUUCCGACUCCAGUUUCAACGCGGAUGGCCAGGGCAGCCCCAUCUGUGCCUGGUGAGGUCAGUCGACCAGGUCGGUUGCCUCCGGCUCCGGGCCUUACCCAACCCAUUGCCACGGCUGGCCCCACAUCUCCGUUGAAUCCAAUUACGAACCGCCCCGUUUUGGAAGGUUGGCCCCAGGCUGUUGUGGCCAUGAACCACCAGGACGAACCUGUAAACGACGAGUUCAUUGACCUUGUUGAGGGUAUUUUUCAGCUUCAAGGCGCAUAUGCAGACCUAGCUGAGCAACUUGCCUACGUACCUGCACCUCGGCAAUAUGUAGUGAUCAUUUACAGCAUGCUGGCUUUCCGCCAAGCAAGCGAACGGCUUACUGGAGCUCUCGUCACCAUCCAAAGACCCCUUCCCACCACUGAGACGACCACCCCCUCGGGGAGGGGCUUCCACUACACAUCGGUAUUCAGUGAGGCGAUUAAUGCUCAGAGCAACCAGUUCAAACAAGAUUAUCUCCCGCGAGGUUACAUAGAUGGCGAGCUUGGAGCCUUGGGUAGUGUGGAUACGUUUGUACGAGGAAAGCUUCGGAACAGUCGAGGCAAAAUCAGGGACCUGCUGUUGACGAACAUCCAGGCAGGGGCUGGUAGGGAAAUACUGCAGCCGGUCCCCACAAUCAGCGCUUUAUUGGUUCAGAUGAAGGCAAGUUUCACGCCACCUAUCCCUGGAGCACCGGCGCCGCCAGAGCCGCGAGGGAACGAGUCCUUGUUGAAAGCACGACUGGCCUACCUGCGAAUCCAGACCAUCAUACAGUUUGGAGGCCGAGGGGGUGGGGAUGUUGGUCGACAAUGGAAAAACAUUGAUGAACAUCUGUGUGAAUUAUCGCUCAAGCAGCGCGCAUACCGCUUGGCUUUUUACCAGCUGGUCCUGGCUUACGAUCAUGCCACAUUUGGCCACGACUUGUGGACUGAGAUGGAUGUGACAAGUAUUGCUUUGCCUACCAAGGAGCAGAUAUCAGCCCGCAUGGAAGCCAACGCUUUAGCCAAUGAGCCACCUCUUCUAGACAAUGCAGCUGAUGUGUGA